ACAUGCCGUGCUACAAGUUAAGCAUAAACUGAUACAACGAAAAAUACAAAAUCACGGCUCUCCCCAAACUAUAAUGCAGUAGCCAUCAUUUUAGGCGCUGACACUGCGCUAAUCUCACUGUGCUUGUACAAUUGUUUUGUAGCUUAGCUUGUACAUGACCUGGGACCGACAGCAACAAUUUAUCUGAAGUAAAUAAUUCAGUAAUUUAACUGCCUCUCUCACGUAUCAUCAUAAUUACACAUUUUUCUGGCAUUACUGUCAUUGUAUUUAAUUAUUGCUCGCAAUAUGCCACCUGAUUACCAGGAAGGCUCGCGCGCUGUUCCGAGGCAUAAAAAUAAGUCAAAUUGCAGCUGUGCUUAAUAAAUAACUGGAGAGAAUGCAGUCGCGAUUUUUAUUAAGCCAAUGGAACCUGCCUAAUCCCGCAGCCUUCAUGCACCCAUGCACAUUACGCUGGUUUUUUACCGCCUGCUAUUCUACUGUCUGUGGCGUUAUUAUCUUCCCAAUCAUUGCAGCGCCUGUACGGUGCAUAAGACAGGGGAUUCUUACUCCGAAAAAUUUCUGGGGGAUAUAAUGGACCGGGCGUUGCGCACUAAAGAAGACGAUAUGGUCACACUUCAAUUUCCAGGACCUACCACCUUGGCGCAACCGCUUGUUAUCGACGGCGUCAAGCGUGCGCGCCUUGGACAAAACGCUUCCUUCAGUUGUGAUAUACCGUUGGACGGCUCACCUGACAGCUUGACGUGGACCGUCCUGGGCCGCACCGUAUUCGAAGACGGACGAGCGCUCAGCGUGUCCCAAGUACAGUACGAUGUUGUACAGCUAGACGGCGUCAGUGUCUUGCGCGUCAUCAAUGUAUCUCUGCUGUCCACCGGUCAGAUUGUAUGCUUCAAGGACUCUACCAAGGCAACUGUCCUGAAGCGCUACUCCCUGAUACCCCGAGUGACGCGGGCGGAGGAGGUUUUUGUCGGAAGUUGGUCGCCGUUACAACCAAUAAUUGUCAACCAAGGUAUAAGCACACUGAUAACCUGCACAGUGCGAUUGCCGCUGUCGCCGGAUGUCGUGGACAAUGUGCGCAAUCAGUACAUGUGGCGCCAUAACGGCCGAUUGAUUACCGUGCCACGGGAAGAGCCCUAUAUGAGCUUUCUCCCGCCGGAGUGGAGCUACCAGACCGCCACCGGUCUGGGCCCCACCGCGAAUAUACCGGGAGCGUCGUUUACGCUGAAUCUGCAUUUUCCCCGGACGAGUGCGAAGGAUACGGGCCCGGUUGAGUUCUGGUUUCGCCCGCAUCGCCACCUCCAUGAAUGGGUUAUACAAUCGACUCGCCUCAUUGUCAAGACAGAAUCUUAAAAUUAAUAGGUUUUCCUGUCAGUGCAUUCUUUACUAAUAAGCGGUCAAAGUGAUAUUAUCAUGUUAUUGUCGGGCCGUCGGCAACAGAAAGUGACGCCAGAAACCGAAUAACAUUAAAUUUAAAUGGUUCAAGUUGUUAGUUAAAAACUUAAAAUGGCAUCUGUGUUCCUUAAAACCGAGAGACAUACAAAUCAGCAAUUUUAGAUAAAUUAUAAAUUCUUCCCAGCAGUUAUAUAUGUUUUGCGGUUGUUAAUAGGUCCAAGCGUAGUAAAUUGCGAGACUAGGUUUAUCAUAGUGGGAAACAAAGUCGCAUAUGUCACUAGCGGGAUUGUUUUGUAAAUUGGUUCUUUAACAUUUUAACGGGAAAUCGUAUGUACACUUACA